AUAUGCUGAACAGGACUAUAGAACAAAAUGAUUCCCUUCUCUUUUUGUCCCAAAACGGAUAUCGUAGUUUUUAGCCGCCAUCUUUAAUUAGGUCAAAAGGCUUCAGCAAUGUGAUCUUCCCUUGGUUGUGUCUAUGUUGCCUUCGAGCAAAGGACCUGGACGUGACAAAACGAGUGGGCAGGAGACAACUUCCGCCCUUACAGCUCCUAAAUGUUUCCUUCGUUCUCCGUUCGUUUAGGGUAUUUUAAUUCUAUGCAGCAUUGGACCCCUCGCGGGCUCGCUUCGCUCGCCACGCAUCGGGCAGAGUGUCUCGCUUCGCUCGCCACACUUUUCUAUUCCAAACACCACACUUUUCUAUUCCAAACAGAUUGUGACAUGGACCCAGGGGGUUAUGGGAAAGGUCCUUAGCGCGAAGAGAAUCUAGACGCUACCAUCUUUUCCCUUCCCAGCCGGUAUCCAUUUCCUGCCCGCCGAAUUCAGUUUGUUCUGAGAGGAGGUGCUACUGAGUGUAAUUCACAUGGGGUUCUGAGUGAGGCUGUAAAGGCAGGAGUCCCGGCUGUUAGAUCCAGAGACACCUAUACAUCCUGACAGCCGGCGUGAGGACCCCUCAGGUGUUUGUCUGCCUGUCCCACCAUGUUUUGCUGAGUAAUAGAAUGUGAAUUUUCUGACUGGAGCUGAUCGCACUAAUUACAGGUCUCGUGUCUGGACUGACUGACAUGAUGUCUAACAAACUUGUUGUCAAGGUUAACGAAACUGAGGUCACAGUGCCUGGAGGCAGGGUUAUAGAGGAGACCCCAAUGCAUCCUGGGACAGUCUAAAGCUUUAGUUGUUGGUGCCUGGAUCAAGAUCCAUCUCUACACCCCGAUGUUUCCCUGUGGAACCAAUGUACCUCGCAAAAAGAGAUUUAACCAUGUGUGGGAACUUCGCCGUUCUGGUGGAUCUUCAUGUAUUGCCUCAAGGCACCAGUAAAGACACCAGCUGGUUUUCUGACCAUGAGAAGGAGGAAGUCUGUGCAUUACUGAAAGACGCGAUUGAAUCCAGAGUGAAGAGGCAUAUUGAAAGUCGCAGGCAACAGGUACAGGUGAAACACAAAGAAUACACGCAGGCCAGCCCCCUGUUUCUAAAAGGAAGCAGCAUACGGAUUGCGGCCUAUUUCAUUAAAAGAUGGGUUAACCUUCGUUGUGUUGUAAAACAUCAGUAUCGAGAGCUGUAUGUGUUUCCAGACAGAUUUGUGGUCUGCGCGAGUCAACUAGAACCUGAUUCCAACAUGUGGGUAGCCGGGACGGGCAAACCUGUCAGCAUGAAGGAGGCUUCCAGCGGAACAUCCGAGUAUUUUGCUGAACACAGGGAAAGCGAAAUAAACAACUUAUUAUCCGCCGCAGCCGGGAAGCAAGCUGUGCUGAAAAACAUAGUAAAGAAGGUAAAACCUACAAAGAAUGACUGCUCCAAGUUUGGCAGGGACUGUGACGCUCGCUCUCGUCUUCGGCAAGCGGACUCCGAGAAAGGAAACAAGAGUAAUCCGCAAUCUGAAUCAGAGAGUAGGAGUGCGGAGCAAGCAGAGGACUGCAUAAAUACUGCUCAGAGCAGCUCUGGGUUUCCUGAUACUGAAGUGGAAAAUGAUGUUAAUCACAGCCAGCCAUGCACUGCUAGCAGCCAACAGAGACUCAGCCCUACAGAGCGGUUACAGGCACAGGAGCCGAGCAAGGCUCUUUCCUGGAUCUGUGAGUCAGCAUUGCCAAAACAAAAACAAACUCUCCGAACAAGUAUUACGCAACAGAAGAGGAGACGGCACAGCUCGGAAGGGAAAACUACGCUCGGCUGUAAGAAAGCAGAUUUAAGGGAUGAUACGUUUCUAAGCACAGCUGACAAGGGGGCAGCAGAACCUGUAGAGAACAUACCUUUAGCUCUAAGGAUCCGUAACAUUCAGAAGCUGUCAACAGUCACCGUUGGCGCAGUAGUGCAAGCAGGAAAGACAGCAGAGGUUAAUAAAAUUGAGCCAAUCACUAGUGAGAACAAGCUAGGCUUAUUGUCCAAUAGCAUACCUGAAGAAAGAACCCGUGAAGAUGCCAGGCGGCCUACUGAUGGCCAGCCAAAGAGGUUAAAACUUCAGCGGUCCAAAAAAUUGCAUUAAUUGAGUCCUGAAUGUGCGGGCUGCACUGACUGAGACAUCGACCUAAUAAUGUUCCUGCUAUCUGUAGAGUAUCCCAUAGCGAAACAAGUACUAAUGUUAAACGUCUAUUCAUUUUUAUAUAUCAAACUCUGGGGCAGAUGUAUGAACCUGGAGAAGGCAUAAGGAAGUGAUAAACCAGUG